GAACAAGAGAGGAGUUUAACUGAAGAUGUGCUCAGUUUGAGGAAUCUGGAGUUCAGUCUGCAAAGUGUGGGACAGAAACUGAGUCAGUCAGAAGGACAUGAUGACAGAGGAAGUGAGGGUGAGCAGAAGAGUCCUGAUUGCCUGACCUUACAAGACCUGCAGACACCUGAUGGUCCUCCAUCCCAGUCAGGCUGUGUUUUCCAGGAGAGGUCUCUAGGUGGGACACGACGCAGUCUCAACCCACCUUCCUCCAACUCUGACUCUGCCUCAUUCAAGACCAGGUCAGUAGAGAUGCAGUCUUUUUCUACAAGGAGGAAGGGGGGCUGUGUGCGUCAGGAGAACGCCUGCAGUCUGACCAUGCAGGAUGAGCAGCUCAUCAGCGAUCUUGAUGCUAUGCAGUAUGAAUUGGUCAACUCCCAGUCGCAGGUCCGCCUCAGAGGCCCCAGGGUGGGGGUUAAAAACAGUGUGGCAGUCAUGAGUGAGCAGAUUCAUCAGCUUCAAGCAGAGCUGGAGACUCAAGCCACAGAACUAAAGGCUGCAGAGCUGAGGGCUGAGUGUAGCCUGGAAGCAGCAGCUCAUGGUGACAUUUUGGUGGCGACUCUCAGCGAGGAGCUGAGCGCGCUCAGAGAGGAGCUGGAUGACACGACGGCACUGGGCAAACGGUCUGAGCAACAAAGGAACCAAGCACUUCAAAAUGCAGAGAAACUCCAAGAAGCCUUCAAAGAUUAUAAGGCUACCAUUUCCAUUAAACUUAAGAGGGUGAUGGAGAGUGAGAGCAAACUAAAAGAGAGUCUUAUUGAGUGUGACAGCGAAAAAGAGGAGUUGGAAAUUAAGUGCACUGUGUUGGAGAGAGGAAAGGUGGAACAGAGCCAAACAAUCAGCCAACUGAAGGAGGAGGGGAGGCAGGCCAAGUCCGCGGUCGCUGGCCUCCAGGCUCAGCUGGAGGAGGCCGGACGAAAGGCCUCACAUCUUGAACGGCAGCUUACGGAGCGGGGCGCGGAGUUCAGGGAGCUGGCCUCUCUGCGAAAGGAGCUGGAAAACCUGCGGACUCUGACCCAGAGUCAGGAGCAGAAGGUGGCCCAGAGCCACAGAGAGGCUCAGCAGAGCCAGGCGGAGCUGGCCGGCCUGGAGGCCACACUGGCCCUGCUGCAUCUACGAGAGGGUGAUGUGGGGACGCUGUGCGUUAAACCCUGCGUGUUUACCCCAGUGGACCAUUCAGGAACAGCACACCUACUGAAGCUAAAGCCAGGUGAAGGCUACCAGCAGCUGCUGCGAGUGCUGCAGUCGAUGGAGACUGAGCGGACCAAACAGAGCGGCCUGGUCGAGCGGCUGCAGGAGCGUCUGAGCAGAGCCCAGGAGGAGAUCUCGUCCCUGCAGAGCUCCAUGGCCCAGAGAGCCUCCCACUACCAGAAUCUCCACACGGAGCUGCUGGACAAAGUCAGCCAAGCCACCAACACAGAGAAAGAGUUGAAGAGAAAAAGUGCACGCGUGGCUUCGUUGGAGAAACAGUUACAGGAGAAAACGUCGGCCUACAGUCAGGCUGCACUGACCAACACAGAGCUGGACAAGCAGCUACUGGAGAAAACCAGCACCCUUCAGCAUUACCAGUCACUGAUGACCAACAAGCAAAGAGAGUACCAGCAGUCUCUGGAUAUGUGUAAAAAAUUGCAAUUCACGGAGCAACAGCACAGAAUAGAAAUGUUGCAGCUGUCUGUGGAGGAGGCUCAGUCUCGGGUGCUGGAGAUGGAGCCGGAGCUGAGCUCACUCCAGAGGCAGCGAGACGAGGCUCAGGAAGCAGCUCUCCGGCUGCAGAGCUCCGUGGACCAACUCACACAGCAGAGGCAGGUUGAAGUGAGACUCAAGGAGGAGCUGCUGCAGAGUUUCAAAGAGCAGGCGGCUCAGUCUGUCACAAAGGUGUAUGAACUCGAGUCGUAUCUGUCGGCGUGCAGAGAGGAGCUGAACUUAUGCCUGCAGCAGAUGGAGGAGGUGAAGAACAACUAUGAGAGUGAGCUGCAGAAGAACAAAGACAAGGUGUCCUCUCUGCAGGAGAAGCUCUACGGUGCCGACCUGGUCUGUGAGAGCUCCAAUGAGCUGAACCUGCAGCUGCAGCUUUCUCUCCAGCAGCAGCAGACCAUGCUGACUGAGAGCACUGCUCACAUCUCUGAACUGGAGGAGAGUCAGAGCCAGCUGCAGAAACAGGUUUCCAGUCUGGAGCAGCAGCUGGAACGAGCCCGGGCCUCUCUGCAGGAUGAGGUAAGGAGCAGAGAGCAGCAUGCUCAGGAGAAAGACAAAGACCUGCAGGAGAUGAAGCAGAAGAACACACAACUGUCUGAGUCUGUCAGCCAUCUGUCAUCAGAGAUGACAAAGUGUCAAGGGGAGCUGGUGUCUAAAGAUUCGGAGCUGCAGCGUCUGAGGAGGGACGUCACCGCCAAGACUUCUCAGAUCAGCCGCAUGGACGAAGGCCUGCAACACCUGAAGAGCCAGCUCGACAGCAAGACUGACAUGGUGAUGGAUCUGGAGGAGAAGCUCCAUUGCUGCGAGGCCGACCGACUCAACUGUGUCCAUCGGGCCCAGAUCCUGGAGGGACAGCUUCAGGCGGUGCGGGGAGAGUUGGCCGAGACUCUGGAGCAACUACGGGAACUCCGAGACGUUCUACAAAUAACCCAAACCAUCGCAGAUGAGCGGCGAGCCUCGGUGGAAAAACUGACUGUCCAACUUAGUGAGACCCAGAGGGAGUUGGAGGAGAGAACUCACGAGGUCUUAGACAUGGACAAUGCCCUGAAGGAGAGACAGGGGGAGCUCCAACAGAGAGCACAGCUGCUGUGUCAGCUGGAUGUGGCCAUCAGAGAGCACAAGCAGGAGAUGGAGCUGAAGGCGGAGUCUCUGCAGCAGAGCCUGGAGGCCCGAGAGAGAGAGCUGAAAGACGCACAGAGGGAGCUCACAAGCAGAAACAUGAAGGAGCAGCUGCGACUCUGUCAGCAAAAACUUCACACUUCACUGCAAGAACUUGAAGAAACUCAACGUCGCUGUGAUGCUUUGACCAGAGAGCUGGACGCCACCAAGCUACAGACCAAAGAGAAGGAGGUCCGGCUGUUCCGUGUGGAGGAGGAGCUGGCUCUGAAGGAGGCCCGCUGGCUGCAGUCGGAGGCCGAGCUGCAGAGCAUGGUCGCCUCUUUAGAGAUGGAGCUGGAGCUGGAGAGGGAGCAGCAUGGCAAGGAGCUGGAGUCCCUGCAGCAGACUCGAGGCCAGCUCCUCAAAGUCUCCGAGCAGAUCUCCUCCACCAUGCUCUCCUCCCAGGAGCAGCUCGCCGCUAAACUCCAGCAGAGCCAGAACCAACUCGAGGAGGCCAAAACCAAGCUGGACCAGACUAAGACCGAGCUGGAUCGCGCCCGGGACAAAGCCAGUAACCUCCAAACGCAGAGAGACCAGACUCAGACCCAGCUCCUUCAGAGCAAAACCCAGCUGGAGCAAAGCAGGAUUCUGUGCGAGCAAACCGGAGCCCAGAAUAGUCUCCUCCAUGCCCAGCUGGAGCAGCUCAGCGCCCAGUUAAACCAAGCCAGAGGCCAGGCCGCCCAGCUCCAGAUUCAGCUGCAGGACUCCAAGAAGUCCAUGGAGACCUCCAACGAGUGCCUGCUCAUCAAGGAGUCUGAGGCGACCCGUCUCCAAACGAGGAUCUCCAGUCUGGAGCGAGCUGCUGGCCGCCAGCAUCUGCACACAUUCACACACUCCCCAGAGAGCUCCUCCUCUGCUCACUCCCCUCCUUCCUCCCCCCAAAAGCAUCGAACAACUCUUCCCUAUUCUACUCACUCGACUCACCUCCGCUCCCCAACACACACACGACGUUGCUCAUCACCCCCCGCUCACACGUACCUUCAGCCCACCUCAGUCCAACAAAACCAAACUGAGAGCCACCAAACAUGCGACUAUAGCGGCAUCGACUUCUCUCUGGAUCUCCCUCCGAGCCUGAAGGCCACGCUGAAGGAGGCUUUGAGCAAGCAUCCGUGGGACUCCUCCUCCUCCUCCUCCAUAUCCUCUUUCCCGGACACAGUGGACCACAGCUGGCAGGGCCUCAGCGCCGUGGACGCCACGGCAACCUCUGACCUCUCCUUCAACCCCCUCACGCACAUGGCAGGCAAGCGAGAUGACCCCAACACUGAAGCUACCUCCAUGCAGGAGGGAGACGGAGAGCAGACGAGUGAGUCGAGGAGGGAGUCUGUGUGCACUCUGGUGGGUGAGGAGGAGAAGGGGGAUAUGAGUUCACUCACAGGGAUGCUGAGGUUUGUUAAUCAGACGCUGGCCAUGCAGGAGGACCCGUCAUUAUGGAGCUCCAAAGGGUUGUCACAGACUGGACGCAGCCUCACACUCCAGAGUGAGGUCAAGGAGACAUGAAGCUGUGUUGCCAGGGAGACGCCAGAGAGGAGAGGAGCUGUUUACAUUGGUGUCAUCCAUCUCUCAUUUAAUCCGUCCUGCUAGUGUGUGUUAUUGAAAUCAAGCUGUAAUAUUGUCUGUCGGAAAAGAUAAGUGUUGAGUUUAGAUGACCACUACUUUCCAGUCUGUAAAUGAUCUACUGUGAUGUUGUUUCAUACGGUAUAAAUGUAGCAUUUCAUGUUUCCUAACUGAUAUUUAUAUAUUUUUUACAUAAUUUUAAAUAAGCUAUGUGAAUAAAAUAUGUUUUUAUGGAA